AAUAACAGCGGCGGCAGCAAAGCAAUACCGGCGAGCGAGAACCGCAGGGCGCAGGCCUCCUCACUCCCACUCUCUCUUCCUCGCUUUAACCCCUCUCCCUCUCCUCUUUUCCUGCCUUUUUUUGGCGGAGAGCGAGAACUCCAGGCGUCCCCAAAACAGGUCGGAUUCUCGGUGCUUUCUGAACCUUCUUUACUUGUCCUCGAAUGGCUUCCUCCUCACAUUCCCCCUAGUUCUCGCCACCCUCUCCCUCCCCUGCAAGCUUCCUCUGGGUUCUUUGCUUCCGCGAGUGGACCAAAUGAUGGAGACCAAUGUGUCGGCAGGAAGAGCAAGAGGCGUGGCGGCGCUCCUAGUGGCCGCGCUCCUGCUCAGUGCCUCCGGCUCCGCGUCGGCCGCGUCCUCGUACCCCGCAAAAAUUGUGGGCGGGCUCCUGAGAAGCACGGCGUCGGCGGUGGUGAAGCAGCUGUGGUCGCUCAAAUCGACCACCAGGACCGUGGCGUCGACGGCGGCGGCGGGGAGGUCCAUGGUGAAGUACGAGGGCUGGUACGAGGUGGAGACGGUGUUCGACGGCAGCAAACUGGGGAUCGAGCCGUACGCCGUGGAGGUCACCCCUGCCGGCGAGCUGCUCGUGCUCGACUCCAUGAACAGCAACAUCUACAGGGUCCAGCUGCCGCUGUCCCGAUAUAGCAGACCAAAGCUGGUCUCUGGUUCCCCUGAAGGAUUAUCUGGUCAUGUCGAUGGGAGACUCCGAGAGGCGAGGAUGAACCACCCUAAGGGGUUUACAGUUGAUGACAGGGGCAACAUUUAUGUUGCAGAUGCAAUGAACAUGGCAAUAAGAAAAAUCAGUGAUACAGGGGUCACAACCAUUGCUGGGGGGAAAUCAGUGAGAGGUGGACACACAGAUGGACCCAGUGAUGAUGCAAAAUUUUCUACUGAUUUUGAAAUCCGCUAUAUCAGUAGUAGCUGCUCCCUCUUGGUCAUUGAUAGAGGAAACCAGGCAAUUAGGGAGAUUCCACUCCAGCUCGAUGACUGUGAAUAUCAGCAUGAAGCUGGUUUCCCUCUAGGUGUUGCCUUGCUUUUUGCUGCUGGUUUCUUUGGUUACAUGCUUGCAUUGCUCCAACGCCGGGUUUUCGGAAUGGUAUCAACAACAGAGGAACAUCACCCUUCUCCAAGAACCACCAGUGCAAACUUCCCUCCGUAUCAACCAUACCAACCAUAUCAACAGCCAUUAAAGCCUUCUCAUCGCCCCCCACUAAUCCCAAAUGAAGAUGAAGCUGGAAAACAGGAAGCGGGAGAAGGGUUCUUCACCUCAAUUGGCAAAUUCAUGGGAGGAGCAAAAUCAUCUGUGGCAGAGAUACUUUCCAGAAAGAAGCACCCAACAAGACAGCAACAUCAUCAUCACCACCACCAACAGCGAAGAGCUAACCCAUGGCCAGUGCAAGAAAGCUAUGCCAUCCCACAUGACGAGACGCCUCCACCAUUGGAUACAAGAGCACCAACCCCUCGGAAGAACUAUGCUUUUAUGACAACUGAGCCUGAAAAGAUCCACCACGUCCGUAAUGGGCAGCCCUAUCUCAGCAGUUGGGAUGCACGCGGCCCUCAGCAGCCGCAGCCGGAGCAGCAGACAUAUCACCACCAGCAGCAACACAGGCGGCAGCCGGAGCAGCAGGCGUAUCAGGUGCAGCAGCACAGGCAGCAGCCGGAGCAGCAGUUGUACCACCUGCAGCAGCACAGGCAGUACUCUGCUGGGCCGCAGACUUUCUACGAGCAGAGCUGCGAGACGACGAACGAGGUCGUGUUUGGCGCGGUCCAGGAGGUGGACAGCAAGCGGCGCAUGGUGGAGAUCAAGGCCGUGAACUAUGGAGACACAUUCUACGAGCAGUACGGGGUGCGGUAUCGCAACAACUACAUCGGCUACAACAGCAAUAACUAUUAACAGCUAAUCCUUCCUGUUGCUAUUUUCUUCCUAGACUUCUUUUCUUCCCCCUUUUGCUAUAUGAUUAGAUUUACCGCUCGUUCUUGUACUCCAUGCCCUCUUCAUUCCGAGGCAUGUAAGAAAAGAAAGAGGAAACGGAGAAGGUAGAAUUUAGUAAGCUCCUGUCUUAGUUUGUGCAAUUGAAAAGCUGGGGAUUUUGGUAGUCCACCCUGGUGAACGAUUAUCAAUGAUUCCGAGCCUUCAUUUUGUAUCUGUCCCAUUUAAGUAUCAACUGCUUCGAUAA